AUGCUGAAGGGUUUGUUAUCAGGCAACGGCGGUGUGGAUUUUGACCGUUUGACAAAGUCCAAAACGGCCGAAGACCUCUUCGCUCGCGCAAAGGACGAGAGCGCAGCCGGCGCUCUGACCAUCUUGCAGCAACUCUCAGCUAAGCCAAAUGCCGAAGAUCAACCGCAGGCUGAUACCAAGCGCCGUCUCCUUGCUGAUAUGAUGCUGAAUAUGGCUCGUAAGCAACAGGCUGAGGAAGGUAAGGAUAACGAGAAUAUUGCGUCUCUUGUCUUGUCUAUGGUGCCAUUUGGCUAUGCCGACGCUGCGGCUGGUGCUCUCAAAGCAUCCCCUCCGUUGUCUGAAGCAAGCCAAGAAAUGUUCCGUUCGCGUCUCAUUUCCUGUCUCAACCACAUUCUCUCUGCUCGUCUGGAUCCAGAGUUCACGAUUCUUGAGAGAGUCGUCGAAGAAGUCAAGACAACUGAUGCUACAUCUAAGACCGGUCUGCGAACCAAGGCCGAUCAGGAGAUCGUGGACAAUUUGGAAAAGGCUCACAAGACCUUAAAAGCUCUGAAGAAGCUUGAAACAAAGCAGAAAGACAGCAAGAAAGCACCUCUACGUGCUUUCAAGGCCUUGUAUGCGCUCUCCAUAUUGCUUGUCUACAACGGUGAGGCUGAUGUCGUUCCCGUUCUGGAAGACUUGGAGUUGUGCUACCAAGCAUGGAAGAAGAGUGAAGACGCUUCUGUCAUGCUUGUUGAGAUUCUGCUCAGCUUCAUCUCCAAGCCCUCUGCUGUCUACCGUAAGAUUGCCCAACAGGUAUUCGAAGCCUUUUCUUCGCAGCUCGAUGCUGAAGGUCUGCAAUCAAUGCUCGACAUCCUUGACAAGUCAGAGAACCUCAGCGGCCAGCAAGAGCUCUUUGAGCAAGCUGAUGACGCCGAGGAAGACGGUGAGUCAGGGUCCGAUGAGGAUGCUUCUGACGUCGAGAUGAUAGACGGCGAGGACGAUAGCGACGUCGAGGUCGACAGUGAUGUUGAGGUUGUUGAAGGCGCCGAGUCUGACGCCUCUGGGGACGACUCAGAUGAAGAAGUCGAUGCCGAAGACGCCGAUCUUGAAGACUUCGAGAACAAACUUGCACUUGCACUGAAGACACAAAAGCCUACAGAGGACGACUCGGACUUUGAUGAGUCGGACAUGGACGACGAUCAGAUGAUGGCGUUGGAGGGUCACCUUACGACUAUCUUCACAGAACGCAAGAAGAACACGAGCAACAAGAAGAAGGACAACAAAGACGCCAAAGAGAACAUUGUCAACUUCAAGAACCGUGUUCUCGACCUCUUGACUAUCUUCGCCAAACAGGAGCACUCCAACAAAUUGACUCUGGAUCUGGUCUUACCAAUGAUCACGUUGAUCAGAACAACCACUAGCAAGCAGAUUUCGGACAAGGCUUUCGGCUUAUUGCAACAAUUCUUCGGAGCUUGCAACAAGACCAAGCAGUUCCCCGAAGCCGAUGAAGCAUCCGAAGUUCUCGCCCUCCUCCAUUCCGUCCACGAUGAAAUCCGAGCCAACGCUUCUAAGUUGCACAGCAACGCCUGCAGUCGCUCGAGUUUGUUCCUCGCCAAGAUCCUGGUUAACCUGGACCCUAAGCAUUACUCGGACGUUGCCGACUGUUACAGCAACCUCCAGAAGGAAUGGUACGCCGACCCGAAGUCGCAAAUCCAACCCAGUGUUUUCACCGAAUGGACCUCGUGGAGCAUCACCACGAAGAAGCACAACAACUGA